GACAGUGUUCCCAAGGGAAUCUGAACCAGCUCCUCGUUUGUCUGUCCUAUUGAGCUUGGUGCAGAAGGAAGGAGGAUCAUCAGACAUGGACUUAGUAAGGGAGUAUCUGAAACUUUCUGCGGUCGAUCUUGAAGGGGUGCUUUCUGCACUCGACAUUCAAGCUGCAAAGCAGCUCCUACAGCUCUUAAACAUAAACUGGAAUGGUUUGCAGAUUCGGGAUGAUUUGAAGAGAGUCAUGGCGGCUGUUUACUUCAACAGAAUCCUGCUUGUUGAUCCAAAUAUUUUUCCAGAGUUUGAUAAUUUCCUACCACUUCUGUCAGCAUCUGAAAUCCAAGCUCUUCCAGCAAUCUUGGACAAAGAGCAAGUAUUGUACAUGGUUAAUCAAAGCUUUGGAAAACUGUCCAUUGACCAGAGACGAGCCUUUGCCCAAUGGACAGUGGAUUCUGGGCAGUAUAGCAACAUUACCACAUGGUCUUUGAAAUUCCUACAUCAAGUCAGUAGCCUGCUGGUAUACCUACCGUUUGAAAAAUUUCAGCUUCUGACCCGACUACAGAUACUCAACUCGUUGAAUGUGCUGUUGAUGAAUAAUUUAACGACAGUCCAGGAAAGGUUUGUCAUUCAUAGCAUCUUAAAAGAGGGAAGCCCAAUGACAGCUUCUGAGUUUGAGUCACUCGGCAGAUUGAUAUGUUCUGCAACUACCCAGGACCUAAGAUUCUACAAACAGAAUCUGCAAGUGUUUGAUAUCAUCAAGAAACAGAUACUGAAAUGCAUUGGGGAUCAAAUCUUUGUUCCUAAUGAAUUGCUCACAGAGGUUUUGGUCAGAACAACCAGUGUAACCAACCAAGAAAUCUUGAUGCAUGAUGAAUUAUUAAGUAUGGCUGGCCUUCUUCCAAUCCUUGGGUUGUCCUUCAUAAAACAACUUCAACCUGCACAAAUACAAGGAAUGCUUCCGGAACUCAGUGCAAUGACUUUUUCUCCUGCGCAGGCAAGGGAAAUAACUGACAAGAUACUUCAAAAUGCAUCGAUUACAGAGGAGUUGCUGAGCAACCUGGGCUCGUUAGUAACUGGUCUCAGCCCUUCAAUUCUGCGAGUCAUUCCGACAGCUUUACUGGUGCAUGCCAUGCCCAGUAUGGCAGAGUAUGAAUGGAAACUCAGUCCUGUUCAGAAGCUGAUCAUUGUAAACAAGCUAUGGGCUUCUGGCAAUAUGAAGUGGAUCAAAGGUUUGGAUUCUCUUAUAAAAGAUGUUCCUCUAAUAACUUUGAGAUCAAAGUUGACCAUGUUGUUGUCCAAUGUCAAUGUCACCAGCCAGAUGAAAUGGUCUGUGCAACAGGCACAAAUGCUGUUUAGAAAAGUCUUAGAAGCAAAUGGCCACAAUAUGACCAAAGAUCUUUUCAUUUCUCUUGGAUUUGUGGCACGUGGUGUGGAUUGUCUGACUCUGAAACAUCUGAUCACGCCCAGUGCACUUCUGACAUUGCUACAAUUUUUCCGGGAUUUACCAAUUGAAAUGCCAGUGCCUCUGAGGAGUUGCAUUUUGGAAGCAAUGAAUGGGUUUGUCCUUUCCAUGGAGACCAUGCAAAGCAUGCGACCUCAGCUGCUGUUUGACCUUCAGUUGUUGAAAAUGAGAAGAUUUUCGAACAACAUGACACAGAGAUUGCUGCAUAUCCUGGUAGAGAAUCCAAUUCCUUUCUUAAAGAUCCCAAGUUCAAAGCAGAGUCUGAUGGUAGACUGGAUUUUACGAGUAUUGGAUUUGUAUGAUAGACGGUUUUCUAAAGCCGAGUUUAAUUUACUGGGACAUGCCCUAGCUUUUGUUUCUGAUGAAAUAUUCAUGGCCAUUUCCCAAGCAGAGAUGAAGGCAAAUUUAUUGAAGAUUAAAGAUUACUGCUUUGACAGAGGAAAGAAAUUUCUUUUGGGAGAUAUGUUGACUAAAGACACCAUGUUUGGUGUUACAACAAAUUGGACCUCGCUGACCUUGGAUAAGAUAGACCGCCUGGUUUUCUUCCUUUCAAUUGAUAAUUUACAGAAGAUUCCUCAGAAUGUUUUGAUCAUGGAGAGGAUUGAGAUGUUGUUUCACAGCCAAAAACAGUGGGAAGAGAGUGACUUUGGUUCUGCCUGCCUGCAGAAAAUGGAGACUUCUGAUCUUGAUGACCUCUUUAGAAAGCAACAAAUAUUACUGCAGACCUCAGCCGGACUUCUCAGUGCAAAGCGGCUACAGACCAAAAAUGGUCUUGUCCUGAGUUGCAAUGCAGUCCGAACCACCCUUCCAUCGGUAUGGACCAUUGAUUUGUUGACUAGCAUGUCCAAUGACGACUUCGUCAGCUGCUUGGAAUUGUUUGGUCAAGAUCCUCACUUCGAGUCAUUUGAACUGUUUCAGCUCAUGGAGAGGGUUAAGCAGAUUUACAGACCCGUGUCAGCAAUGCCACCCAAGGUGAUUGAGCAGCUGGGACAAAUAGCGACUCAAUUCACAGAAAAGGAUCUAACGAGGUUGGACCUGUCAGACCUUGGAGCAGUGACAGCUCUGGGUAAAAUUGCAAAAUGGAGCCGGAAAAAGCUCACCAUACUGUUUACAACCUUCCUGCGGGUCAACAGGCGCAGUAUAAAUGAACUGGAUUCUGUCAGCUUGGUAGCUCUCGGACACCUUAUUUGUGGCAUCAAACAAGCAGAUAUCUCUGCAAUAGACCGGAUGUACUUUAGUAUGGCAGUCCUAUGGACCGGAAGACUGAGCCUAUCCUGUGACGAGCAGCAGCUAGCAGCCCUGGCCAAACUUGUCACUCACUCUCUGACAUUCGGAGACGUCAGCCACUGGAGAUCUGAAGAAUUCACUGAAAUUGGUUCUAUUGCAGCUGGACUGCCAGAUAUUAUACUGUCAGCUCUGGUUAAAGAACAAAUUGAAGGACUCACUCCUGUUGCUGUUGCUACUAUCUCGCCAAAGAAAUUUUCCGUUGCAUUCAGUCCCACACAGAUUCGCAUGUUUAAUUAUCAGCAGGCGGUAGCUGUGACUCCUGCUCAGAGGCAAGAGCUCGAUGACUUUCAGAAGAAAGCUCUGGACAUGGUGCUCACAUCAUGGCACAGAACAGCAAUUGACAUAAGAGGAAGAUCAUCUGGAGAAGUUAUUUCAGGAAGCGUUAUUGGAAUAUUAUUUUGUGUUGUUUGGACUGUUUUACAUUCAAGUGGAGAAACUUAUCUGUAAAAUACAUUUUAUCUUCGGUCCUUUAAUGUGUCUGCCUAACAUUGCAUAAGUACAUUUUUAGUUGUGUGUUGGACUGACUGCAAACAUUCCAUAUUGAUACGAUGUACUGUU